UUUAGAAAUAUUCUUUUUAGCGCUCAAAAAAAAAAAAAAAAAAAAAGCAAUCGGAAGAUGGACCAGACUACUUCUUCUUCUUCAUCUUCUUCUCCGACAAUCGAGCACAGAGCGUACGCGAGAGUGGGCUUUCUGGGUAACCCCAGCGACGUCUACUUCGGCCGUACAAUCUCCUUCUCUCUCGGAAAUUUCUGGGCUUCCGCUCAAUUACACCCUUCUCACCAUCUCACCAUUACUCCCCACCCCACCCACGAUCUCGUCAAUUUCAAAUCUCUUGACCAUUUGGUGGAUCGGCUGGACAGUGAAGGUUAUUAUGGCGGUGUGCGACUUCUUAUGGCUAUUUGUAAAGGGUUUCGUAACUAUUGCAAGGACAACAAUAUUGAUCUUCAUGGGGGGAAUUUCACUCUCUCAUAUGAUACCAAUAUCCCUCGUCAGGCAGGACUUUCAGGUUCUAGUGCUAUUGUAUGUGCUGCCUUGAGCUGCCUUCUUGACUUCUACAAGGUUAGGCAUUUGAUCAAAGUGGAGGUCCGGCCUCAACUUAUCCUCAAUGCAGAGAAAGAACUUGGAAUUGUUGCCGGUCUCCAAGAUCGGGUUGCCCAAGUUUAUGGAGGCCUUAUUUACAUGGAUUUCAGCAAGGAACACAUGGAUAGAUUGGGGCAUGGUAUUUAUACACCAAUGGAUAUCGAUCUCCUGCCACCUCUCCAUCUUAUCUAUGCUGAAAAUCCAAGUGAUUCUGGGAAGGUACACAGUACGGUUCGGCAAAGGUGGCUCAACGGUGAUGCGUUUAUAAUAUCAUCAAUGAAAGAAGUUGCAAAUGUAGCUGAGGAGGGAAGGAAGGUAAUACUUGAAAAGGACUACUCAAAACUUGUGACUCUGAUGAACCGCAAUUUCGAUCUUAGAAGGAGCAUGUUUGGAGAUGAUGUUCUUGGCGCUUUAAAUAUAGAAAUGGUGGAAGUAGCCCGAAGGGUGGGUGCGGCGUCAAAAUUCACAGGCAGUGGGGGAGCUGUCGUUGUGUUCUGCCCUAAUGGACCCUCACAAGUGAAGCAAUUAGAGGAUGCAUGUCAGAAAGCUGGCUUUAGAAUUGAGCCAAUAAAAUUUGUUCCUUCUCUACUGAAUGAGGUUGAUCUCAAAACCCUUUGAAGAUACGAAAUUGUUCCAAGCUCAUGUUUUUUGGUUCUGGUUUGGCCACACCCCGUGUCCACAUUCAUUCCCUGCUUAUUUUGGUCUCUAAUAUAAUAAUAAUAAUAAUAAUGGAGUACUUUCUUUUCAUACUAAUAGCAAUAAG